AUGGGUGCCAAGUCGGGCAUGGCCCUCAAAUCACUGCAAUGGUUCUUCCGAGGCGUCCAGUUCCUCUGCGCCAUCAUCGUUCUCGGCAUCUUCUCCUACUUUUUGGCGGCCUUGCAUAACCACGACCUCCAAACUGACACGAGCGUCCGUGCCGUCGCGGGCAUCUCGGGUGCUGCCGCCUUGUACACCCUCCUCGGACUCGUCUUCCUCUGCUGCGUGGCCGGGCUCACCUUCACCUCCUUUGUCGCCAUGGUCUUGGACUUCUGCUUCGCCGCUUGCUUCGUGUAUGUUGCCGUCGUGAACAGGAACGGCGCCAGCACUUGCCGCGGCUAUGUCGACACGCCCUUUGGCCGCGGACCAUCGGGUGACACGGCGUCUGCGCCGGGCGGCUUCACGGCGCUGCCAAGCUUCCACACUGCCUGUCGGCUGCAGACGGCCUGUAUGGCGGUAUCCAUCAUUGCCAUUUUCUUCUUCAUCUUCUCCAUGCCCACGGAAAUGGCUCUUGUCCGCCAUCGUCGCAACGAGAAGAUGUUUGGUCCGGGAGCCCAGAAAAGCUUCUUUUUCGGCCUGGGAACUCGACAGCGGGGUUUCUGGGGCCGAUUCCGUCGUCGAAACAAGGGCGGUCUGUAUGACGAAACGAGUCGUCUGCCCGAGCAUACUCAUCCUGACCAGCUGGCAGAUUCUCGUCAUAGUUACGCUACUGACCACACGGCCGUGAACCCAGACGGCCACGGCCUCGGCGCCGAGUAUGUCAAGCAGGAGACGGGGUACGCUUACCAGCCUGGUGCGACGACGGUUCCUGCGCAUGGCGGAUGGCAAACUGCCGCCCUGAUCAGACCUCCACCGGCCAGUUACAAAUACGACGAUGGGAUUUACGAACAUCCGUGA